UCUUGCCUGCCGGUUCUACUCACCCAGCCGUACAGCAUCUGUGGAGGAUUGGAGACGAUGCGACCGUUCGUCGACCGACUGGCAGGUCGAUCGGCGUUUCGAUCCCCAGCUUUCGAUGGAAAAUGCGAAACGGAAAUUCAGCGCCUCUGCCGCGAAUGCCCUUGUGAAUACAAAACGAUGAAAGGACUUUCCGUCCGAUGGGUCACAUUUUACGGUUCGCUUCGUGCCUUUCCUUAA